AUGGAGGAGCUGAUGAGGCAGACAUCAGCAUUCUCCAACAGUUCAUCUGAAGUGUCUGAGCUGGAGGAGCUGAGCAGGAACACACAAGCUCUGCAGAGUCGACUGAACUCUCUGGAGGAGAAACUGAACUCAUCUGCUGAGAGAAACGAGCUCCGCUUCAUACGAGAUCAGGUAUCAGAGAUCAGCAGCAGACUGAACAGCAGCGAACUUCACCUGGAGGAGCUGAAGAGAAAAUCUGCAGUUCAGGCUGAUACAGUGAAGCAGCUGCAGGUCAGACUUGACUCUGCUGAGAGUCAAAUACAGCAGCUACAGACUGACAGGAAAGAUCAAAACGACAAACUAAAGACGCUGCAGAGAAAACUGAACACGACUGAGAGUCUGCUGGACAAAAUGAACGCAGAGUUGGAGGUCAGACUGAGUGUCAAUGAGACACAGCUGGAAGAUCUGAAGACAGAAAAUACAGAAUUGGCAGUCAGGCUGGGUGUCAGUGAAAAACAGCUGGAAGAUCUAAGGACAGAAAACACGGAGUUUGAGGUCAGACUGAGUGUCAGUGAGAAUCAGCUGGAGGAUCUGAAGACAGAAAACACAGAGUUAGAGGUCAAACUGAGUGUCGAUGAGAAACAGCUGGAAGAUCUGCAGAGAGAAAACACAGCUCUGGAGGUCGGCCUAAAAUCCACUGAGACACAGCUAAAACAACUGGAGAAUCACAGUGCAGCUCUUGAGGUCAGACUGAGCGUCAAUGAGAAACAACUGGAAGAUCUGAAGACAGACAACACAGAGUUGGAGGCCAGACUUAAUGUCAGUGAGAAACAGCUGAAAGAUCUGAAGACAGAAAACACAGAGUUGGAGGUCAGACUGAUUGUCAGUGAGAAACAACUGGAAGAUCUGAAGACAGAAAACACAGCUUUGGAGGUCAGACUGAGAUCCACCGAGACACAGCUGCAACAGCUGGAGAAUCACAGUGCAGCCCUGGAGGUCAGACUGGGCGACAGUGAGAAACAACUGGAAGAUCUGAAGGCAGAAGACACAGUUCAGUCUGCUCAACUUUCCUUGAUGAAGUCCAGACUGGCAGACAGUCACAACAACACUACAGCUUUGGAGGUCAGACUGAGAUCCACUGAGACACAGCUGCAACAGCUGGAGAAUCACAGUGCAGCUCUGGAGGUCAGACUGGGCGACAGUGAGAAACAACUGGAAUAUCUGAAGACAGAAGACACAGCUCAGUCUGUCCAACUUUCCUUGAUGCAAUCCAGACUGACAGACAGCCACAACAACACUGCAGCUUUGGAGGUCAGACUAAGAUCCACUGAGACACAGCUGGAGAAUCACAGUGCAGCUCUGGAGGUCAGACUGAGCAACAGUGAGAAACAACUGGAAGAUCUGAAGACAGAAAACACAGUUCAGUCUGUCCAGCUGUCCUUAAUGAAGUCCAGACUGAAAGACAGCCACAACAACACUACAGCUCUGGAGGUCAGACUGAGAUCCACUGAGACACAGCUGGAACAGCUGGAGGAUCACACUGCAGUCCAUGCAGCCAAGCUGUCAGCUGUCAGUCUGAGACUGGAUGUCACUGAGGGACAGGUGGACAGAUUGAGGACAGAAAACACAGACAGACUGACAGCAGCUGAGAGAAACACUGAAGCUCUGCUGACACAAAUCAACUCCAGACUGGAAGCUGCUGAGAACCUCGACUCAGCGCUGCAGUUCAGACUGAAUGCCACUGAAAACCAGCUGAAGAGACAAAUCGAAGAUAUACAGAUCAAACUGAGAGUCAGAGACGAUUUGAUCCACGAGCUGCAGAGUAACGUUACAGCUCACAGCUUUGAUCUAUCAACUUUGAGAACUCAAACUAAAGAUCUAGAGAGACAACUGAGUGAUGCUGACCGCCUGAUGAUUAAGUUACAGACUGAAAGUUCAGUUCAGUCCGUUCAACUUUCCUCGAUGGAGUCCAGAAUGACAGACAGCCACAACAACACUACAGAGUUGGAGGUCAGACUAAGUGUCAGUGAGAAACAGCUGGAAGAUCUGAAGACAGAAAACACAGUUCAGUCUGUUCAACUUUCCUUGAUGGAGUCCAGACUGACAGACAGUCACAACAACACUACAGCUCUGGAUGUCAGACUGAGAUCCACUGAGACAUGGCUGGAACAACUGAAGAGUCACAGUGCAGAGUUGGAGGUCAGACUGAGUGUCAGUGAGAAACAGCUGGAGGAUCUGAAGACAGAAAACACAGUUCACUCUGUCCAAAUUUCCUUGAUGGAGUCCAGACUGACAGACAGUCACAACAACAGUACAGCUCUGGAGGUCAGACUGAGAUCCACUGAGACACAGCUGGAACAACUGGAGAAUCACAGUGCAGAGUUGGAGGUCAGACUGAGUGUCAGUGAGAAACAGCUGGAAGAUCUGAAGACAGAAAGCACAGUUUUGAGCUUCAGAAUUAAUGAAACUGCGGAUCGUCUGCAGCAACUCAAAAACACAGACUCAGAUGACCUGAAGGUGGCGUUCUCAGCUGGUCUUACUGAUUCAGGAUCAGUCGGACCGUUCAAUGAGGAGAGGACUCUUAUCUUCUCCAAAACCAUCACCAACAUCGGCCGUGCCUACAACCAGACUGCAGGCGUGUUCAUAGCUCCUGUCAGAGGACUUUACUUCUUCAGCUUCACGGCUGCAGAUUACCUGAAGGGUUACAUGGGAGUCUACCUGUACAGGAACAACCAGCCAAUCCUCUUCAACCUGGACCUGAACGACCACGGCGGCUAUGCCUCUACGUCCAACGGUGUGGCUCUGCAGCUGGAGCAGGGUGACAAGGUCCGCCUCAGUCUUCCGGCCAGCUACCGGCUCUAUGACGACUCCCGAAACUUCAGCGUGUUCUCGGGCUUCCUGCUGUUCCCCCUCUGACAGGACAGACCCAGGAUCAGGGUACGAGGAGACGUCCUCUCAGCAAACUAUCCUUUAAGGUAUCAGGCUGGAAACUAGAGACUGGACUUUUGUUUUGGUAGGGUGAGAGACUUCCUCUUGUUAGAACCAGGAUGGACUGACGAUGUCACAGUAAAAUAAUGUUUACACUUAUUAAGCUAAUAAAUAUUCUUUACCUUAAUAAAACAAAACUGAAAAUAAGUCCCAA